AUGAGUAUUUCACUGGAGGAGGUCAUCCCGUUUGUGUGCGAUGCCGUAGCCAAUGCUCAGAUCAUUGACUUGCAUACGCACAUGUCUCUAAGGGAUCAUGGCGUGGCGCAACAAAGAGCUGUUUACUUCCCUCUACCUCGUGGCCGAAUCGACCGCUCGCCGGCGUUGGAUGCUUGUCGUGGUGUGCUGACGACGGCCACUUACUGGCCCGAACAACCUCGUGUCGAAGCGUCACCUUCCUUCUAUACGAGGAUGGCUCAAGCGUUAAGACGUCAAACGUGGAGAAGUGUACCGACUAAUGGGUCAUCAGUACUAGAUGAUGACCAACGUUCUGUUUCCAAGUUGGAGGAGGCUCGCCUUUUGCUGGGCGACACGACCACCACGACACCUCUGCGUGCGUGA